AAACAGAAAACAGAUUAAAAAGUUGUCAUUUAUGAUAUGUGAAUUAUAUCCCAAAAAAGGUGGUUUAUUUUCAGAACCAUGACUUACCUUCUAGACAAUGCUUUUGACAGAGACGUAGUAUUUCUACAUUGAAAAGCCACUAGUAAGUGGUUUCUAACUCAUUUUUAUCAAACAUUAUCAAGUACUUUCUUUGUGUAAAAUGCUGUGAUAGAUUGUAUGAAAUAUUUAUCAAAAUAAGUUUGCAGUAAUUAUAUAGUGUACUAAGAAUGUAUUAUAUGCCAGGCAGGUACUAAGCAAUUUCAUAUGUUAAGUAAUUGCCACCUGUUAGGUAUGUGUUAUUGUUCCCAUUCUAUAAUUUGGGAGACUGAGGCUGAGAAGAUUAGAUAAUUGUACAGGAAACGCAGUAAGAGGCAAAACUGAGAUUAGAACUUAGGUCUUUCUGACUAUAAUUUAAUCCAUUAUGCUAAGCAAGUAAGAAGAGGAAGAGAGACUUAAAUGCAAAGAAUACAAAAGACUGAAUAUUGGAGUUCUGAACUAUGGAGUAGUUUCAGAGUUCUCACCUAUAAUGCUGGAGUGACAGUGCAAAAAUGCUUUAAAAUUCUGUCUCAGUGUGGAGUCUGGGGCCUGAAAGUCUUUCUGACACAGCAGUCAUCUUAACAAAAAUGCAAUUCCAAAAGAUGCAUAUGAUUGAAAAUGACCAUAGUAUCCAACAGCAAACAUAACUUUCUGUGUGGUUGUUUUGGUCUAGGAUUCCUUGGCUAUGAGAGCAAUUGACAUAUUUCAAGGGCCUAUUCAUUAACAUUUUGUGAACAGACACUCAUUCUUAGUGUUUACCAAGCUCUAGGUGCCGCCUAGAUGGUGGAAUGAAUAAGAUAUGAUGACUGGCCCAAAAGAAUGCCCAGAUAGGAGUCUAUUGACUCUAUAUAUGUAGAAUAUAUAUGGUUAAGUGCUAGGCUUUAGCAUCGGAUAGCAUGGGUAUCUGUUCUAGUGCUGCUACUAACUAGCUGCGAUUUGUAACAAAUGUUUACAUUACUCUAUGCUUUUAUUACCUUAUCUAUAAAAUGGGAUUAUUUUGAGGAAUAAAUAGAUAAGCAUGUAAACCUACCAUGUAUAGAAGAUAGUAAGCACUUAGCACUUAAUGGUAGCUGCUGUCCUCCUCAUCAUCAUCACCAUUAUCACCUGGUAGCGAAGUACAGCAGAAUUGACUCUCUAUGCUUAAGACUUACAGCUCUCUGAUUUUUUUUGUUACCCUCAAGUAUAUUUGAUAUACUUUCUGUACAUAAGUGAACAUUUUCCCAAGGGUUCAGGCCCUAAACAUGCCAGACUACCAGUGGAUAGCAGAGUGCUGGAAGAAAGCCCACUCUAAAUUCACCCUGAACACAUCUGAAAACGUUAUUUUUAUAUAUAGCCAAUUACACUUUUCUGACCUAGAAAUGAGCCUUCACAAGGUCAGAGAAUGUUUCCUCUCUUCCUAACAGCACUCUGUAUGUUACUUUUUUAUAUUAUUUGUGCUUGAGUGGGCCUUACACUCCUAAAAUGGUGCAUAAUUUUUGCAUGAUAGUUAUAUAUGAUAAAUACACAGAGGUAAGCUAGUAUCAUGGUAAAGAGCAAUUGCAAUAAGGUAGAUACAGGUUCAAAUUCUGGUUUCUCUGCCUAGUAGCUAUGACCUUGGAGAAGACCCUUAUGCUUCCAGAACCUGUCUGUAAAAUGGGAUAAUAAAUACAUAUCUCAUAUGAAGGUUGUGAAGAUUAAAUGAGGUGAUAAGAUCUAGUAUUUGGUAACAUAAUAUAGUAACUAUAGUUAACUAUUUAUUCUAUAUUUUUAAAUAACUAAAAUAGUAGAAUUAGAAUGUUCCUACUACAAAGAAAUGCUUGAGGUGCUGGAUACCCCAGUUACUCUAAUUUGAUCAUUACACAUGCUAUGCUCAUAUCAAAACAUCACAUGUACCCAACAAUUAUAUACAACUAUGUACCCAUAAUUAAAAGUGCAGAUUUUUUAAAGAUUGAGAUGGUUUGUUUAAAGUAUUUAGCACAUAGUAAAUUCUCAAUAAAUGUCACUUUUUAUUAUUACAAAAAAGACAUGAAUUACGUGAACCUAGUGGCUCAGGUUCAUUUUCAAUUAAAUAAGCAUUUAUUGUGCACCUUCCAAGUAUCUUACACUCUGCUACUUUCUGUGGGUACUAGAUAAAAGAAAUGUACAACAUGAGUCCUCUAAAACAAAGUCUGUGCUUUUCACAUGUAUAUGACCCUGAAAAAAGGUAUCUUGCAACCAUGUCUUCAUACUGGAAGGUGGGGCUGGUACUAGCCUUUCUGCAAUCACCUGUAGAUAACAAUGUGAAGGAGGAAGGUAAAUAUGUAGAGGUGGAGUUAGGUUUGAUGGAAAAUGAAUCACCUCAUUCACUAUAAUCACUAUAAGCUAUAUAAGGGUCAUUAUCCCAAUCCAUCUUCACCCUGCAAGCUGCAUCAGGCUUUAUCCUACUUGUUCCUUUGGGGAACCAGGUGAGAGAAAAUUCAUCCAGCUACAUUUAUGAAUAUUUGGUGUUGUCCAUAGUAGAGUCUAGGGAUAUAAGCUAAGGCAGAGUUCAUGUAUAUUUUGCCUUUCUUUUCUUUUUUGUUUCUUUCAUUUUCUUUUCUUUUCUUUUUUUUUUUUUUUUUUUUUUUUUUGCUUAUUUGUUUGGUUAGUUUAGUUUAUUCUGGGGCCUUUUUGUAAUAAGUUCAUUUUUAUGGAGAAGAAUAAUGCAAGUAAAAGUUCACCUUCCUCUAGGCCUUCCUCUACACAUUCCAUAGUCUGUUCCCAGUCUUUUUCCAUGCCCUCUUUUCUGGGCUGUCCAGCUCAAACUGGCAGGCAGCUGGGUCUGUUGCAGAGUCCCUUCCUUUUUCAGUGUUGUUUCCCAGAGCUCCAAGAUCUAAUUAUCCAGUAGUUAAACUGCUGCCUGCAUUGCUGAGCUCUUCUUCUUGAUUAAUUAAAGAGAACGGUGUUUGGGCAAGUGCUUGACAUUAAGAGAGUUCCUAAGCUCUACUGAGCUCUACUGUCUGAUGCCUAUGAAACACCAAGCUUUUUUGAGCCCCUUUGCCCAUUUUUAAUUUGCUGAAGGCCUAAGGGUCCAGUUUAGUUUCUGGUGCCCAGAGAAUAAACAGAUGUGCAUGGUGGAAGGUCUGUCACUUUUGACUCAAGAAAAGCAGUGAAACUAAGAGAGAUUGAGGCAAUGGUAUCUGGCUGGUUCUGGAAACUUUGGAAGCCUUAGAACAACACCCAGAAUGCCAACACACUCAAAGUGUAGAGAUACUAUGUAGAGACUAUACUUACCCAUGACAGGCAAUAUAGAGACCUGAGGUCUAUUCUCAGUUGAACCAGUAACAUGCCAAGACUUACUUGAUCAUAGAAAAGUAACUCAAAGUUAACAAAGUUAAUUUUCAUUGUAUUCAACAGCGUUGUAUCAUCCCUGGCCCAUUCUUACGUUUUGAGAUUUAAAAUAAACAAGAGUUUAAAAAAACAUGCUGGUUAUUAUUAAAAUGAAAAUUGCUGAUAAGUUAAAAGGGGAGAAUAUGAAUAAUAGGGUUCUUUGUUUUUCUGUGUCCAGGUUCACUUAAACUUGCAAAAAGAUGACCGACCUCUUGAGAAGUGUUGUCACCGUAAUUGAUGUUUUCUACAAAUACACCAAGGAAGAUGGGGAGUGCGGCACACUGAGCAAGGAUGAACUAAAGGAACUUCUGGAGAAAGAGUUUCAUCCAAUUCUGAAGAACCCAGAUGAUCCAGACACAGUGGAUGUCAUCAUGCAUAUGCUGGAUCGAGAUCAUGACAGAAGAUUGGACUUUACUGAGUUUCUUUUGAUGAUAUUCAAGCUGACUAUGGCCUGCAACAAGGUCCUCAGCAAAGAAUACUGCAAAGCUUCAGGGUCAAAGAAGCAUAGGCAUGGUCACCGACACCAAGAAGAAGAAAGUGAAACAGAAGAGGAUGAAGAGGAUACACCAGGACAUAAAUCAGGUUACAGACAUUCAUGUUGGAGUGAGGGAGAGGAGCAUGGAUAUAGUUCUGGGCACUCAAGGGGAACUGUGAAACGUAGACAUGGGUCCAACUCCAGGAGGCUAGGAAGACAAGGUAAUUUAUCCAGCUCUGGGAACCAAGAGAGAGCUCAGAAAAGAUACCACAGGUCCAGCUCUGGUCACUCAUGGAGUAGUGGCAAAGAGAGACAUGGUUCCAGCUCUGGAGAACUGAGAGAAAGAAUAAACAAGUCACACAUUAGCCCUUCUAGGGAAUCUGGGGAAGAGUAUGAAUCUGGAUCUGGAUCAAAGAGUUGGGAAAGGAAAGUUCAUGGUGGUCUGUCAUGUGGAUUGGAGACUAGUGGGCAUGAAUCAAACUCUACUCAGUCAAAAAUUAGAGGACAAAAGCUUGGGUCUAGCUGUUCAGGAGAUAGUGGGAGGCGAAGUCAUGCAUGUGGUUAUAGCAAUUCAAGUGGGUGUGGAAGGCCACAAAAUGUUUCAAGUUCUUGUCAGUCACAUAGAUUUGGAGGGCAAGGAAAUCAAUUUAGCUAUAUUCAGUCAGGCUGUCAGUCAGGAAUUAAUGGAGGACAAGGCCAUGGCUGUGUCUCAGGAGGCCAGCCCUCUGGAUGUGGUCAACCUGAGUCUAACUCCUGUAGUCAGUCCUAUAGUCAGAGAGGAUAUGGAGCUAGAGAAAAUUGUCAACCACAGAACUGUGGAGGACAAUGGAGAACAGGCUCAAGUCAGUCCUCUUGUUGUGAACAAUAUGGGUCUGGAGGUAGCCAGUCUUGUAGUAGUGGUCAACAUGAAUAUGGUUCCUGUGGCCGCUUUUCAAACUCUUCUAGUUCAAAUGAAUUUUCCAAAUGUGGUCAACAUGGGUCUGGUUCAGGUCAGUCUACUAGCUUUGAACAACAUGGAACAGGCUUGAGUCAGUCCUCUGGGUUCGAACAACAUGUAUCUGGCUCAGGUCAAACUUGUGGCCAGCAUGAGUCUACAUCAAGUCAAUCCUUGGGCUAUGACCAGCAUGGGUCUAGCUCAGGUAAGACAUCUGGCUUUGGACAACACGGGUCUGGCUCAGGUCAGUCCUCUGGCUUUGGACAAUGUGGGUCAGGCUCAGGUCAGUCCUCUGGUUUUGGGCAGCAUGGGCCUGUCGCAGGACAAUCCUCUCGUUUUGGACAACAUGAGUCUAGAUCACGUCAGUCUAGCUAUGGCCAACAUGGUUCUGGCUCAAGUCAAUCAUCUGGCUAUGGCCAAUAUGGGUCUAGAGAGACAUCUGGCUUUGGACAACAUGGGUCGGGCUCAGGUCAAUCCACUGGCUUUGGCCAAUAUGGAUCAGGCUCAGGUCAGUCCUCUGGCUUUGGACAACAUGGGUCUGUCUCAGGACAAUCCUCUGGUUUUGGACAACAUGAGUCUAGAUCACGUCAGUCUAGCUAUGGCCAACACAGUUCUGGCUCAAGUCAGUCAUCUGGCUAUGGCCAACAUGGGUCUAGACAGACAUCUGGCUUUGGACAACAUGGGUCAGGCUCAAGUCAAUCCACUGGCUUUGGCCAGUAUGGAUCAGGCUCAGGUCAGUCUGCUGGCUUUGGACAACAUGGGUCUGGCUCAGGACAAUCCUCUGGUUUUGGACAACAUGAUUCUAGAUCAGGUCAUUCUAGCUAUGGCCAACAUGGUUUUGGCUCAAGUCAAUCAUCUGGCUGUGGUCAACAUGGGUCAAGUUCAGGACAGACAUCUGGAUUUGGACAACACGAGUUAAGCUCAGGUCAGUCUUCCAGCUUCGGCCAACAUGGGUCAGGUUCAAGUCAGUCCUCUGGCUUUGGACAACAUGGGUCUGGCUCAGGACAAUCCUCUGGUUUUGGACAACAUGAGUCUAGAUCAGGUCAGUCUAGCUAUGGCCAACACAGUUCUGGCUCAAGUCAGUCAUCUGGCUAUGGCCAACAUGGGUCUAGACAGACAUCUGGCUUUGGACAACAUGGGUCAGGCUCAGGACAAUCCUCUGGCUUUGGACAACAUGAGUUUAGAUCACAUCAGUCCAGCUAUGGCCAACAUGGUUCUGGCUCAAGUCAAUCAUCUGGCUAUGGUCAACAGGGGUCAAGUUCGGGACAGACAUCUGGCUUUGGACAACACAGGUCAAGCUCAGGUCAAUACUCUGGCUUUGGACAAUAUGAGUCUAGAUCAGGUCAAUCUAGCUAUGGCCAACACAGUUCUGGCUCAAGUCAGUCAUCUGGCUAUGGCCAACAUGGGUCUAGACAGACAUCUGGCUUUGGACAACAUGAGUCUGGCUCAGGACAAUACUCUGGUUUUGGACAACGUGAGUCUAGAUCACAUCAGUCUAGCUAUGGCCAACAUGGUUCUGGCUCAAGUCAGUCAUCUGGCUAUGGUCAACAUGGGUCUAGUUCAGGACAGACUUUUGGAUUUGGACAACACAGGUCAGGCUCAGGUCAAUCCUCUGCCUUUGGCCAACAUAGAUCAGGCUCAGGUCAGUCCUCUGGCUUUGGACAACAUGAGUCAGGCUCAGGACAAUCCUCUGGCUUUGGACAGCAUGAGUCUAGAUCAAGUCAGUCUAGUUAUGGCCAACAUGGUUCUGGCUCAAGUCAGUCAUCUGGCUAUGGUCAACAUGGGUCUAGUUCAGGACAGACAACUGGCUUUGGACAACACGGGUCAAGCUCAGGUCAAUACUCUGGCUUUGGACAACAUGGAUCAGGCUCAGGUCAGUCCUCUGGCUUUGGACAACAUGGGACUGGUUCAGAACACUCCUCUGGUUUUGGACAACAUGAGUCUAGAUCACGUCAGUCUAGCUAUGGCCAACAUGGUUCUAGCUCAAGUCAAUCAUCUGGCUAUGGUCAACAUGGGUCAAAUUCAGGACAGACAUCUGGCUUUGGACAACACAGGUCAGGCUCAGGUCAGUCCUCUGGCUUUGGCCAAUAUGGAUCAGGCUCAGGUCAGUCUUCUGGCUUUGGACAACAUGGGUCAGGCACAGGAAAAUCCUCUGGCUUUGCACAGCAUGAGUACAGAUCAGGUCAGUCUAGCUAUGGCCAACAUAGUACUGGCUCCAGUCAAUCAUCUGGCUGUGGCCAACAUGAGUCUGGCUCAGGUCCAACCACAGGUUUUGGACAGCAUGUGUCUGGCUCAGACAAGUUCUCUAGUUCUGGACAACAUAUAUCUGACUCAGGUCAGCCCACUGGAUUUGGCCAAUAUGGUUCAGGCUCAGGUCAAUCAACUGGCUUGGGCCCAGGUGAAUCUCAACAAGUAGAGUCAGCAUCCACAGUUCAUGGGAGACAGGAAACUACUCAUGGUCAGACAAUAAAUACCACUAGACAUAGCCAGUCUGGUCAAGGACAGUCCACACAGACAGGGUCCAGGGUAACUAGAAGACGAAGAUCUAGCCAAAGUGAGAACAGUGACAGUGAAGUGCAUUCAAGGGUCUCACACAGACAUUCAGAACACAUUCAUACACAAGCUGGAUCUCACUACCCAAAGUCAGGAUCCACAGUUCGCAGAAGACAAGGAACUACUCAUGGACAGAGAGGAGAUACCACUAGACAUGGCCAUUCUGGUCAUGGACAGUCCACACAGACAGGGUCCAGAACAUCUGGAAGACAGAGAUUUAGCCACAGUGAUGCCACUGACAGUGAAGUGCACUCAGGGGUCUCACAUAGACCACACUCACAAGAACAAACUCACAGCCAAGCUGGAUCUCAACAUGGAGAGUCAGAAUCCACAGUUCAUGAGAGACAUGAAACUACUUAUGGACAGACAGGAGAUACCACUAGACAUUCCCACUCUGGUCAUGAACAAACCACACAGACAGGGUCCAGGACAACUGGAAGACAGAGAACUAGCCACAGUGAGUCCACUGACAGUGAAGUGCACUCAGGGGGCUCACACAGACCACACUCACAAGAACACACUUACGGCCAAGCCGGAUCUCAACAUGGACAGUCAGAAUCCAUAGUUCAUGAGAGACAUGGAACUACUCAUGGACAGACAGGAGAUACCACUAGACAUGCCCACUAUCAUCAUGGAUUAACCACACAGACAGGGUCCAGGACUACCGGAAGAAGGGGAUCUGGCCACAGUGAGUACAGUGACAGUGAAGGGUACUCAGUAGUCUCACAUACACAUUCAGGACACACUCACGGCCAAGCCGGAUCUCAACAUGGAGAGUCAGAAUCUAUAGUUCAUGAGGGACAUGGAACUAUACAUGGACAGACAGGAGAUACCACUAGACAUGCCCACUCUGGUCACGGACAGUCCACACAGACAGGGUCCAGGACAACUGGAAGAAAGGCAUCUGGCCACAGUGAGUACAGUGACAGUGAAGGGCACUCAGGGUUCUCACAAAGACCACACUCACGAGAACACACUCACAGCCAAGCUGGAUCUCAACAUGGAGAGUCAGAAUCCAUAGUUGACGAGAGACACAGAACUACUCAUGGACAGACAGGAGAUACCAGUGGACAUUCUCAGUCUGGUCAUGGACAGUCCACGCAGUCAGGAUCCAGUACAACUGGAAGAAGGAGAUCUGGCCACAGUGAGUCCAGUGACAGUGAAGUGCACUCAGGGGGCUCACACACACAUUCAGGACACACACACGGCCAAGCCAGAUCUCAACAUGGAGAGUCAGAAUCUACAGUUCACGAGAGACACCAAACUACUCAUGGACAGACAGGAGAUACCACUGAACAUGGCCACCCUAGUCAUGGACAAACCACACAGACAGGGUCCAGGACAACUGGAAGAAGGGGAUCUGGCCACAGUGAGUACAGUGACAGUGAAGGGCACUCAGGGGUCUCACAUACACAUUCAGGACACACUCACAGUCAAGCUGGAUCUCACUAUCCAGAGUCAGGAUCCUCAGUUCAUGAGAGACACGGAACUACUCAUGGACAAACAGCAGACACCACUAGACAUGGCCACUCUGGUCAUGGACAGUCCACACAGAGAGGGUCUAGGACAACUGGAAGAAGGGGAUCAGGCCACAGUGAGUCCAGUGACAGUGAAGUGUACUCAGGAGUCUCACACACACAUUCAGGACACACUCACAGCCAAGCCGGAUCUCAACAUGGAGAGUCAGGAUCCUCAGUUCAUGGGAGACAGGGAACUAUACAUGGACCGACAGGAGAUAUCACUAGACAUGCCCACUAUGGUCAUGGACAGUCCACACAUAGAGGGUCCAGGACAACUGGAAGAAGGGCAUCUGGCCACAAUGAGUACAGUGACAGUGAAGUACACUCAGGGGUCUCACGCACACAUUCAGGACACACACACAGCCAACCCGGAUCUCAACAUGGAGAGUCAGAAUCCACAGUUCAUGAGAAACACCACACCACUCAUGGACAGACAGGAGAUACCACUGAACAUGGCCACUCUGGUCAUGGACAAGCCACACAGACAGGGUCCAGGACAACAGGAAGACAGAGAUCUAGGCACAGUGAGUCCAGUGACAGUGAAGUGCACUCAGGGGGCUCACGCAGACCACACUCACAAGAACACAUUCACGGCCAAGCUGGAUCUCAACAUGGAGAGUCAGAAUCCACAGUUCACGAGAGACACCAAACUACUCAUGGAAAGAGAGCAGAUACCACUGGACAUGCCCACUCUGGUCAUGGACAAGCCACACAGAGAGGGUCCAGGACAACUGGAAGAAGGGUGUCUGGCCACAGUGAGUACAGUGACAGCGAAGGGCACUCAGGGGUCUCACACACACAUUCAGGACACACUCAUGGCCAAGCCGGAUCCCAACGUGGAGAGUCAGGAUCCUCAGUUCAUGAGAGAUAUGGAACUACUCAUGGACAGACAGGAGAUACCACUAGACAUGCUCACUCUGGUCAUGGACAGUCUACACAGAGAGGGUCAAGGACAGCUGGAAGAAGGGGAUCUGGCCACAGUGAGUCCAGUGACAGUGAAGUGCAUUCAGGGGUCUCAUAUACACAUUCAGGACACACUCACGGCCAAGCCAGAUCUCAACAUGGAGAGUCAGGAUCUGCCAUUCAUGGGAGACAGGGAACUAUACAUGGACAGACAGGAGAUACCACUAGACAUGGCCAGUCUGGUCAUGGACAGUCCACACAGACAGGUUCCAGGACAACUGGAAGACAGAGAUCUAGUCACAGCGAGUCCAGUGAUAGUAAAGUGCACUCAGAGGCCUCACCCACGCAUUCAGGACACAUUCACAGCCAAGCCGGAUCUCGACAUGGAGAGUCAGGAUCCUCAGGUCAUGGGAGACAGGGAACUACUCAUGGACAGACAGGAGAUACCACUAGACAUGCCCACUAUGGUCAUGGACAAUCCACACAGAGAGGGUCCAGGACAACUGGAAGAAGGGGAUCUGGCCACAGUGAGUCCAGUGACAGUGAAGUGCACUCAUGGGGCUCACACACACAUUCAGGACACAUUCAUGGCCAAGCUGGAUCUCAACAAAGACAGCCAGGAUCCACAGUUCAUGGGAGACUGGAAACUACUCAUGGACAGACAGGAGAUACCAUUAGAUAUGGCCAUUCUGAUUAUGGACAAUCCACACAGACAGGUUCCAGAUCUAGUAGAACAAGUCAUUUUCAGUCACAUAGUAGUGAAAGGCAAAGGCAUGGAUCAAGUCAGGUUUGGAAACAUGGCAGCUAUGGACCUGCAGAAUAUGACUAUGGGCACACUGGGUAUGGGCCUUCUGCUGGCAGCAGAAAAAGCAUCAGUAAUUCUCACCUUUCAUGGUCAAUAGAUAGCACUGCAAACAAGCAACUGUCUAGACAUUGA